AUGAGCGAGAUGAUGACCAGCGACCCCUUGUACUCUUCUAGCAUCAAGUCAUCGGUUCUUCUCGGAUUGUCUUUGACAGUCCCUCUCAUGGUGGCAUGCCUAUCUGUUGCCAUUCCUAUAUGGAUUCGUAAUGGCUACCAGUUCUGGAUUUCAAGAACUGAUUGCGCAGGUCAAGCCGGAAAUCAUCAAACUUUGGGGAUGAAGGAGGGUGUUGUUCUUUUCAUAUGCAUAUCUGUAUUUGCUGGAUCUGUAUUAGCUCUCGGUGCUAUAGUAUCCGCAAAACCAUUGGAGGAUUUACAGUACAAAGGAUGGACUAGGGACCAGAACAGUGUUACAUCUCCUUAUGCAUCAUCUGUGUACCUUGGCUGGGCACUGGCUUCUGCUAUUGCUUUAAUUGUUACUGGUGUGCUACCGAUGGUAUCCUGGUUCGCAACAUAUCGAUUCUCUCUUUCUUCUGCUAUAUGCGCUGGAAUAUUUGCAGUUAUCCUUGUGGCAUUUUGUGGUGCAUCCUAUCUGGAGGUUGUGAAUUCGAGGGACGACGAGGUUCCUACAAAGACUGAUUUCCUUGUUGCUUUACUUCCUCUGGUGUGCAUUCCAGCACUGUUAUCACUUUGUUGUGGUUUGUUUAAGUGGAAAGAUGAUGAUUGGAAACUUUCUCGAGGUGUUUAUGUCUGCAUCAUCAUUGGUCUUCUUCUUCUGCUUGGUGCAAUAUCAGCUGUUAUAAUUCUUGUUACACCGUGGACGAUAGGGGCAGCAUUCCUUUUAGCUCUUCUUCUCCUUGUUCUAGCUAUUGGUGUUGUCCACUACUGGGCUUCAAACAAUUUUUAUUUGACCAGGGCACAGAUGUUACUUGUUUGUUUCCUUGCUUUUCUUUUGGCUUUGGCAGCAUUUCUCAUGGGGUGGUUCCAAGAUAAACCUUUCGUCGGAGCCUCUGUUGGUUACUUUUCAUUUCUCUUUCUUCUGGCCGGAAGGGCAUUGACUGUUCUGCUUUCACCUCCUGUUGUCGUUUAUUCUCCAAGGGUACUGCCUGUAUAUGUUUAUGAUGCUCAUGCAGAUUGUGGAAAGAAUGUCAGUGCUGCAUUCCUUGUGCUUUAUGGGGUUGCAUUGGCAACUGAGGGCUGGGGUGUCGUUGCUAGUUUGAAAAUUUAUCCCCCAUUUGCUGGUGCUGCUGUAUCAGCAGUAACACUUGUUGUAGCUUUUGGGUUUGCUGUCUCUCGUCCGUGCUUGACUCUUAAGAUGGUGGAAGACGCAGUUCACUUUCUUAGCAAGGAAACUGUUGUGCAGGCAAUUGCUCGUUCUGCCACUAAGACCAGAAAUGCUCUAUCUGGAACGUACUCCGCUCCACAGAGAUCUGCCAGUUCAGCUGCCCUGUUGGUUGGUGACCCUACUGUUAUGCGUGACAGGGCUGGAAAUUUUGUGCUCCCUAGAGCAGAUGUCAUGAAGUUAAGAGAUCGUCUAAGAAAUGAAGAACUAGCUGCGGGGUCAUUCUUUAGCAGAAUAAGAAAUGGAAGGGCAUUGCGGCACGAAUCAACAAGUGAUGUAGGUCGUAGAAGAGAAAUGUGUGCACAUGCAAGGAUUUUGGCUUUGGAAGAGGCAAUUGAUACUGAAUGGGUUUACAUGUGGGAUAAGUUUGGUGGUUACUACUUCUUUUGCUUGGUUUGA